AUGACAGACUCAGGAGGGCCUCAGAGGCGCACCCUGUGUUUCUUAUCCACGCUGCUCUCCCAGAAGGUUCCCGAGAAGUCAGACACGGUGCUUCGCUGCAUAAUAUCUGGUCAGCCCAAGCCAGAGGUAACUUGGUAUAAAAAUGGUCAAACCAUAGAAGAGGGCGACAUUAUUUCCAGUUAUGAAUUCUUCGAGAACCAGUAUAUCUAUGUGUUACAUCUCUAUGGCUGCACCCAAAGUGACACUGCUAUUUACCAGAUUUCUGCUAAAAACAGUGAUGGAAUGAUCUGCUGUUCUGCUUCCAUUGAAGUGGAGUGUGCGUCGAAGAAUGCACAACUCACCCCUAACCCGCAAGACAAUGGAGACGCUGGUUGGAAACGUGAGACACAGACACAGGAGGAGAAAAGCCCGAGUGCAACUGAUGAGUAUGUAUACCGUCUUGGGACAGCGCAGUCCACAUUACCAAAGUUAACAGAUGGCGCCUUAAACAAUGAUGAAGACCCGCACUCCAGCCAUGAAAAUCCCAAGGCACAGAAGUACAUUAGCGCCAGCCUUCCGCUGUCAGAGGCAGCCACAUCCAUCUGCCCAGGUGACAGGGCCCCUGCUGACGAGCAGGCCAGCUCACAGGUUUCCAGCACAGACUCUGAGAGCGACUAUGAACUUUGCCCAGAGAUAACCCUAACCUACACUGAGGAGUUUUCAGAUGAUGACCUGGAGUAUCUGGAAUGUUCCGACGUUAUGACGGAUUACUCUAAUGCAGUUUGGCAAAGGCACCUCGAGGGGACUGAGUGUGUUUUUUUGUUAGAAAGCGAUGACGAAGAGGUGGAAUUGAGCAAGUAUUGCUUGGGGGAGUGUGAGCCUUUCCUCAGUGAAAUGGGUUGUGGGCCGAGGGUGUCAGAUAACACCGGGCAGAUGUUGGCCUCCGCGGGCUUCAGUGGUGAUCACUCACGGUCCCAAGGAGUGAGGAUAAGGCGUCUCCGAGCCUCCACCCUCAGCCCCCCAGCCCCACACACAGGGAUGACUCUGACUUUGGGCUCUCACGAGGAUGGGACGUCUAUGGUGACAGAGCAGGGGAGAUAUAAACGACCCACCGCUUCUGCCGAAAAUGAUUAUCCAGGAAUUCAAGGAGAAACCAGAGACAGCCACCCGGCAGGAGCAGAACCCGCCAGCGACAAUCUGCUAACCAUGGAUAAAGCAGGGGCAUGCAGAGAGGUGAAGCGCUUGUCUGGUGAGUUAGAAAAGCCAGGGAUGAACCAGAGUUUGGAGACUGUGCCCGAGCACAAAGUAGGGGGAAAGAAUUUACAGAGCAAGAGCAGUUCAGAGAAGCCUGCCCGGGCGCUGCGACCAGGCACGAAGGGAAAACCUAAGAAGCGGAGUCCCAGCCUGGAAAACAGUGCAGCAGCAGGCACCCUCAAUCACCUCUCUCCCCAGGAGCCUUCCAAGCAGCCCCUAGCCCAGAGUGACAAACAAGAGAGUUUGCAUGCCAGAGAGGAAGCUCCUGAUCUGAAUUCCCAGACCCCUGCAGAAGGGACUCUUCCACCCCAGGCAGAGCAAGUCUCAAGAAGGCUGCAAACCCCACCAGGCGCUCCCACUCAGGAAGGGAGCCCGAACUCGGAGGGCCACGAGGUGCAGGUUAAUGACCUCUUUGAAGCAAGCUGGGCUCCAGAACAGAGUGAUCAUCCUCAGGUGCAAACUCAGGAACCAGUCAGGGAGAGAGUCUCUCUCAGCCCAAAGCCAGCUUUCUCAGAGCCUGCUGGGGAGGAGUCUGCAUUUACUGGGACCACAACAAAUGCCUUCCCCAACUUAGGAGCGGCUGAUGAGGAAAAUGCAUCAUCAACCCAAUACCUGGAGAUAGAAAGCUGUACUCAAGGCCCACAGCGUGAAGAAAAGCAAGUCAGAGAAGACAACUCACCUGGACAUUCCUGGGAAGACCCAGGACAUGAGUUGAAUUUCCUAGACGCCAAUCAUACAACUAUGUCCCCCUGUGAGCUGUCAGUGCAUCUCCCUCAAGAGGGCAGUGAUGGCCCCAGGGAGCCCGAGGCUCUUUCUGUUGCUUCCCCUGCAUCUGAAGAUAUUGCCCCCACUCUGGGAGCUGUGUGCCAUGGGCCAGGGGGCAGAGAAGCAGAGUGUUUGAUUGAGUAUCUUGAAGCAGGCCACCAAGGAACAGGUGACACCAUGGAUGCCUCAGCUGGAGCCCCAGUUCAUAAAUAUUCACCUCAAGAAAUUUGCUCCAUGGACUUAGAGCUGGUAGAGGGUCAAAACCAACUACCUGAUUUAUGUGUUCCUGAUGACAAGACACUGGAUGUUGUUCUUCAGACACAAGGUUCUGAGCCUCCACAGUCCACAGACAAAAGUAACAAGGGUAGAGACUCAGUCGUGCUUCCUGUACCUAGCGAUGCCCUUGCCUGGGACAUCUCACAAAAAGUCAGUGAAGGAUCCAUAGGGGAACAUCUAGCCAAGGUGGAGCAUUCUACUUCCACGCCGGCCUCCACAGGACAGGAGAGGCUGAGCCCCAGCAUCUUGGGAGGGCUUGAGGAGAGACAGCCUCUAUCUUCUGAGAAUUCUUUGGUGCGGUGCACCGAAGGUGAUGAGAGCUCCAGCACCAGUGCCUCGGACGCCACAGACACACCAGUCCAUCACAGCUCAAUUGUGAUGUUUCCUCAGGAGAAGCCAACUGCAUUAACUGCUACUCCUGAGUGUCUUCAGGUGACCAGGGAGAAUGAGAACACACCAGUUGGUACCAUUGCCACCAAAGUUCCCUCAGCCAAAUACCUCCCUGUUUCCAUUGCUGACAACAGCCAUGCAGAUGGCCCUGAGGAGUGCUCAGUUCAGGUACCAGAUGGCAAUAUUUUUCAACUGCCUUCCAGUGUACAGCAGGGCCAUGUUUUAAAUGACUCCGUCACUGAGUCUCCCAAAGAACUUUGUAUGGCUCCCAGUGGACCAGGGGUCCUUGUCUGUGCUCCCCUGCCCCCUGAAGGGGAUUCCUGCAAUACUUACCCUCUUCAGAUUGGUAACCAGGCUGGAGAUAAGAGCCAGACCGUGGGCAGACCAGACCAGAGGAGCCUUGGAGAGAAUUUCCAAGAAAAGGGAAGUGAAACAACACAGAAUAUUCAGCUGGAGAGCCUGACCCACCAGGGUUCCUUUUCUGAAGAUAAUUUCCAGGAAAGUUGGCCUAUGACAUCUGCUGCACAAGGGGAAACAGACCUGCUGCCCUUGGACCAGUCAUCAGCAAACUCCACGGAGGAAAGAAGGCAGAGCUCAGGCCUGGGGCCUAGUGUGUCUGUGGUGGCCAAAGCAGCUGUGGAAGAUGAGAGUCAGGCUAUUAGUGCACUACCUCUCUCUGAGAGCUGCCUGGAGGGGUCUAAAGAGAGUGGACCAGCACAUUGGGAAGUGGGCAAUAAGCCCAAGACUAUGACUCCAGAGGCUUCUGUCUCCGAGGUCUGGCCACUAAGACAAUUGACAGCUUCUGAGUGCGAGGAGUCAGAAGCUGGUGAUAAGACACCUGCUGAGGUCUGGGCUGUGGGUGCCAUGCUAAAGGCAGGUGCUGCUGGGCCUGAACUGGACCCCUCUGAACCCACAGGAUCGGCUGCCGGUCCCCAGGCUGAGGCUGGCUCAGCCCUUGCUAAGGACAGAGAGAUCUACAUAGGCAGAAAACCAGCCAGGCGUACACACUGGAGCUGUCUUUCUUCCCAGUACUUGCGCCAACCCCGGUUCCUGGAGUCAUCUGUGGACCCUGUAAAUGACGGUGUCACAGACUGGCCAUCAGAGACUUCCAAAACGGGACGGCAGGAAACUGUUAGCGAUGUGAGUCAAAGUCAGGAGGAAAACCAACUCGGUGUGGACCACCCUGCCUUCUUUACACAGUUUCUGCCCCGCCCUGAAAUCCUCGAGUCCUCAGUAGAUCCCGUUGAUGAGCUGAGUGUGGUGGAGUGGGCCAGGUUGGAAAUCCAGGAGCUGUCUGACUCCACACUAGGGGUUGUCAGAGAGGAGAGUCAAUUGGAUGCUGGAAGCUUGGGCCAGAGAGUAGAAGUUCAACCCAUCAUCUCUCCAGUCUCAUGCCCCGAGCAAAGUGGGGAAACCAUUCCAAGCGAAAACAGCGCCAAUAGAAGCCAAGAAGCCAGUGAGAGAGGGGAGGCUGAACACAGUCAGCGUGACAAAGCCAAAGGCCAACUCCAGCCUGCUGUUUUGCAAGGCCUGAGUCUUGAUGAAGGUGGGGUGACAGUUCCAGGGGGACACAGCGGAAGCCAGGCACAAGAAGGCCUAGAGAGGAGCACCGGGGAGUCAGAGCAAAGUAAAAAGGACGAGGCAGGUGCUGCUUCCCCCACGUCCCCUCCCAGUGCUCUCGCAGUCCUGACACAGGCUUCUGUUGGAGCUGACACAGACAAUGCCAAAGGUCAAAUUCACAAUGUCCCUGAGAACCAUUUAGUAGAGCCCAGAAACCAUCAACAUGCAUUUUCUGACUCGAAAGAGAAAGGAGAGAGAGUGUGUGAGUGUGGGAAACAUUUGCCCUCUCCCGGUGGUCUUACUCAGCUGCCUCUUACUUCAUCCCCUGAAGGAAACAUCACAGCCCUUCCAAUAAGCCACAGAAUUGAGGAACCUAAAAUAGAGGCGCCCCAAAGUGGGGAAGCCAAACCCACAAGGGCAGCCAGCUCAUCAGCAGUGACUUUGACCUUGGUUUCAGAAGAACAUGCGUCAGAGACAGCUCCUCAGACACUGCAGGACCCAUGGCACCUGGGCCCCACCCCGGGCCGUGGGAGAAAGUCAGGGGAGAGGAGGCCCCGUCACAUGGCAGCCCAGAUGGGAAGGUCCCCAGGACCUGCUUGGGAGGAAGCCAAGAAGAAGCAAGAAGUCACAGGAAGUGGACAUUUAACUGAGGGAGUGAAGAGGAAAAUUCUGUCCAAGGUGGCUGCCCUGAGGCUGAGAUUGGAAGAAAGAGAAAACACCAGAAAGAAUGGGAGCUUUCCUAAAAAGAUUCCUAAACUCGACACAUCGGUAUCACGCACGGAUGAGAACAAAGACCCAAAAAAGCCAGCUUGCAAAAGGGAAGGGAAAGCUCCAGUAUUACUGAAAAAAAUCCAAGCUGAGAUGUUUCCUGACCACUCUGGAAAUGUAAGAUUAAGCUGCCAGUUUGCAGAAAUUCACGAAGAUUCUACCAUCUGGUGGACAAAAGAUUCAAUUUCAAUUGCCCAAGUGCAGAGAAGUGCAGGAGACAACUCCAUUGUGUCCUUGACCAUCAUCCAAGCCAGUCAGAAGGACCAGGGCCUCUAUCACUGCUGCAUCAAGAACAGUUAUGGAAAAGUGACAGCUGAAUUUAACCUCACCACUGAAGUUCUCAAACAACUGUCCAGACACCAGGACAUUAAAGGAUGUGAAGAGAUCGAGUUCAGCCAACUUAUCUUCAGAGAAGACUUCCUCCGGGACAGUUACUUUGGGGACCACCUGCGAGGUCAGAUCGCCACAGAGGAGCUGCACUUCGGAGAAGGUGUCCACCGCAAAGCCUUCCGCAGCAAAGUGAUGCAGGGCCUCAUGCCCAUCUUCCAGCCCGGCCACGCCUGCGUGCUCAAGGUGCACAAUGCCGUUGCCUAUGGGACCAGAAACAACGACGAGCUUGUCCAGAGGAACUACAACCUCGCGGCCCAGGAAUGCUAUGUCCAAAAUACUGCCAGACAUUACGCCAAGAUCUAUGCUGCUGAAGCACAGCCUCUGGAAGGCUUUGGAGAAGUGCCAGAGAUCAUUCCUAUUUUUCUCAUCCAUCGGCCUGAGAACAACAUCCCAUAUGCAACAGUGGAGGAGGAGCUGAUUGGAGAAUUUGUGAAGUAUUCCAUCAGGGAUGGGAAGGAAAUCAACUUCUCGAGAAGAGAAUCGGAGGCGGGCCAGAAGUGUUGCACCUUCCAGCACUGGGUGUAUCAGAAGACAAGCGGUGGCCUCCUGGUCACGGACAUGCAGGGUGUAGGAAUGAAGUUAACCGACGUUGGCAUAGCAACAUUGGCUAAAGGGUACAAAGGAUUUAAAGGCAACUGCCCCAUGACCUUCAUCGAUCAGUUCAAAGCGCUGCACCAGUGUAACAAGUACUGUAAGAUGCUGGGGCUGAAAUCGCUCCAAAACAACAACCAGAGACAGAAGAAGCCCAGCGCCACGAAGGGCAAGAGCCCGUCAAACUCUACUACGGCGAAGAAGACGGCGUCCGGGACCCCGGCAGACAAGAAGACCUAG